AAAAUGGAAAAACAAGGAUUUGACAAUUCAUUUGACAACUUAGAAGAAGAGAAAGACGGAUAUGAUUCAAGUGAAGUCCUUUGUUCUGAGAGGCCAGCCAUUCUUCCUAUUCGUAGCUCUCUUAGGAAAUAUAAUACAAGGGAGAAAUUUGCCUCACUUUCAUGCAGCACUAGUCCAGUUAGAUUAAACUCAGAAAUAAAAUACCAGACUUGUCAGCACCAGAAGCAAGGUCAUCUUAAGGAAGAUCCUGAACAGCUCAAUACCAAGAUACUUGUCGCCAACCCCUCACACAAUACUUGAUGCCUUGAAGGAAAGAUAAUUAGCCUACAGGGUUACAUUAAGCACCUGAACAAUGAGCUAGGAGUCAGAGAUAGCCAGCUGAGAGCAAUAGAACUGGAGAAGAACCAAGCUGAAUUGGAUAAUAAGUUGUUGAGGGAGGUCAACCAGAAGUUGAAAAUGAGCUUAAUGCUGUUGCUUUAGAGCUGAAUU